AUGAUGGCCGACAUCCUGACGAUGAAGUCGCUGCCGGCACCAAGAAUGGAGGAACUGCGCAUGAUGUUCGGGUUGAAGACAACUCAGGAUGAAACCGAGGAGGAGUGUUAG